AUGCUUGAAAUGGUUUUAGAAUAUUUAAAUGAUCUGAAACAAUAUUGGAAAAGAGGAUAUGGGUAUACCAUUAAUAGUCAAUCCAGCUGCACCCUGUUUCAGGAUAUCUUUCAGCACUUGGACAAAGCAGUUGAACAGAAACAAAGUUCUCAACCAAUUUCCUCUCCAGUCAUCCUUCAGUUUGGUCAUGCAGAGACCCUUCUUCCACUCCUUUCUCUCAUGGGCUACUUCAAAGACAAGGAGCCCCUAACAGCUUACAAUUACAAGGAGCAAAUGCAUCGGAAGUUCCGAAGUGGUCACAUUGUACCCUAUGCCUCAAACCUAAUAUUUGUGCUUUACCAUUGUAAAAAUGCUAAGACUCCUAAGGAAGAAUUCCAAGUGCAGAUGUUACUGAAUGAAAAGGUGUUACCAUUGGCUCACUCACAAGAAACUGUUUCUUUGUAUGAAGAUCUGAAGAACCACUACAAGGACAUCCUUCAGAGUUGUCACACCAGUGAAAAAUGUGAACUACCAAAGGUGAACACAUCUGAUGAGCUAUGAGUAACUGGCAAACAUUUUUAAUUCAUCAGGAAUCUCCAGGGAGUGAUCCCAUGCUUGGAAUAGGUGGGCAAUCCCUGGCUACAGCAAGCUUUAACAUUACUUGGUUAUUUAGUCUUUUCAAAGAAAAACGUUUCUUUUUGAGUCUGGACAUGGAUGUGUAAGAAAUGAUUCUUCACUGGAGCAGCUCUCUUAAGGGAAAAAAAAUCUAUUCAAAAAGAUAACUGGCACUACAAACAUUUACAGAAGUUAAAUAUUUAUGUAAGAAAUCUCACACUAAGAUAGAAUAUGAUUUCAAGAUGAUACUUGAAAGUUGGAGUAACAAAAUAUUAUGUCAGUUGGACAAUCCAUAACUUGAUUGGACUAAGUCUAGGAACUUUACCAGUUGUGCUGCAGUUCUUUCUCUUUUCCUCAGGUAGCAAAGUUCUGGUAUCAUCUUUCUUAAUCAGAACUAUUAUGAUUCACUGAGAGUAUUGCUUUGAAAGAAAGCUAACAUCUCUCUAGUUGAGAAUUCGAAACAAUAUUAAUAAACAGAGUCUGAUUUAAAAGAACACCUUCACUGAAGGAAGACAAAAAUAAUAAAAUAAAUAUCUUUGUUAAUAGUAUUUAUAAAGUAUUUGAACACUGUUUCAAUAAUUCCUUUUAACCUCCUAGUAAGUCUUGCAAGGCCAUUCUUUAAUUGUUAUCAUUCCUGUUUCACAUAUGUAACAGUGGAAGAACAAAGAGGACCAUUAGCAACAAGACAGAAGAAUAGAAUCAAAGUUUCUUAAAUCCAUUGCUUAGCAUUUUUUUAAAAAUUUUGUCAUUUUUGCUUGUAUUUUUAUAUUUUGCUAUUAUGUGAAAUAUAUCUUUUGAUGGUUUAGUUUCCUUUUUGUUCAUUUCUGUAAAGAAAGACUUCCUACUGCUGGGCUUAGUUUCACAGAUAUGAACCCAUUUCAAAGAAAUGGUUCUGAGUUCUGUCAAAUGCCAGGAAAAUGUUUGCUAUAAUAAUAAACAGAAUUCCUGUGACUUUACUACCAGGUCUUUUCUGCUCUCUGUAUUGAUACACAAUCAGUAACUGAUGGUAACAGGCUAGCAUUUCAAGCAGCUUUGACUAAAUCAGGCAAUAUAAGGAAAUUUUUUUCUAAUAGAAGUUUCCUCAGAUUUUCACUUCUUAAAGAAAUAUUGAAAUCUAUUUUAUUAAAAAUCUAAAUAAAAAGUGAUACAACUAUAUAUUGAAAGUAUAAAAGAAGAUGCAUAGAUCAUUGGUCUGUAGAUCAUUGAUCUUCAAAUGAAUGAUGUUCAUAAAAUAAGAUGAUUAGCUGAUAAAUACUACUGAUGCAUCAAUACACUGCUGAUUGUUCCUGCAAAGGUCUGGUAUUAAUCUUUUUCCUUUUUUAAAUGUGUAAGUAGGCAGACAAGAAGAGAACAGUAUAAUGAGCAUUCAUGCCCAUCAUACUGUUUUAUCAAAAUUAACAUUAUAUCAUUCGGUUUAGAUCCAAAUAAGAAGAAUUGAGGACUUUUGUAUGCCUCCCUGGUGCUUUUGCCCUCACUCCCUGCCAGAGGUAGCCACCAACAUGAAGUUCAGUAUUUACCACUCCAUUGCAUGCUUGACUCUGAAAACUUGUAGUAUUGUUGUGGGAAUUUAAAAUUUUCUAUAAAUGGACUUAUACUGUGCA